AUGAAUACCAGUACACUUCUGAUCCUGGCACUCGGCUGUGUAGUGGCGGCGGAACAGUGUAGUCUACUGUUGCUAACCAUGAAUACCAGUACACUUCUGAUCCUGGCACUCGGCUGUGUAGUGGCGGCGGAACAGUGUAGUCUACUGUUGCUAACCAUGAAUACCAGUACACUUCUGAUCCUGGCACUCGGCUGUGUAGUGGCGGCGGAACAGUCAGAGUUUUCACAAGAAGAAUACAAAAGGGUAAUCGUGGAAUGCAAGAAAGAAGUGGGAUUCAGUGAGAAGGAUCUUGACAUGACCGAAAUGGGCAAAGUGGGCAUGGAAAGAUUUGAUCCACGGGACCAAUACAAGCGCAUGGUUUCUUGCGCCAUGAAGGCUCUAAAACUUAUGGACGAGUCCGGCGAGAUGGACACGAAGAGGUCCUCGGACCUGGUCGACAGCAUGAUGAAGGGUCGCGCUCCUGAAGAGGCCCUUCAAGCGAAAACGGUGUUAAUGGAGUGUGCAGAAAAACGUCUGGGCGACCCUGGACGGUACAGUUCGCAUGCUACCAACGGGGUUCGAGAAUCUAUGACGGCGUGA